AUGUCUGUUAUUGUGGUAGAUAAUGAUUUGAAAGACUCGAUUAAUGAGUAUGGACAGAUACUUGACUCUGUCAAUGAAAAAGCAGAGUUAGCAGAGAAAUUCCAAUCUUUUUUUAAUGAGAAUAACGAACUUACUAAAAGAGAGGAACUAGUAAAGGCAAUUCAUAAUAAUUCACAACCUGAAGUUUUAACGAAAUUACCAGAUAAAGAGUUUGAGCCGGCUUUUAACUUAUUGAUUUAUAUCAUAUUGCAAUUAGAGAAAUCCUUGGGCACAGCUAUCAUCGAUGAUGUAGUGAAGUGUAAUCCAGCAGUCCAACCUUCAUUAAGAGAUAGAAAGUCCGUAAAGACAUCAUCAAUUCUUUCUAUUUUGAGCAAUGCCUUUAAUUUAGUUCCAGAAACAUCUCCUAUCAGAAUAUAUAUAUUGAAACAAAUUUUAAAUCUCGUUGAAAACUCAUCGCUCAGUUUUUCAUUAAUUCAGACAUCAAUCGGUGACAAUAUUGUCACUUGGUUGGAGAAGGCCAAUGCACCACCGGAAGAGAUCAAGUUUUUGUUCUGGAAGUUUAUUACUUUAGAUGAGGAUUUUUCUUUGAAGUCUUUGGAAUUAAUCAAGACGUUUACUUCACACUAUAGAUUAAUUAACUUGGAUCAGUUGAUAAGAUUCGCUUUAUCUUCCGAGAUAGUUGACGUUUCAUUUUUGGUUAACAAUAAUGUCGCUAACGCCAUAAGAGAGAAUAAGGAUAAUGAACUUGUGGUUAUUUUUAACAGUUAUAUUAAAGGUGAAUUAAUAUCGUCAGUUCCUUCAGAUUUGCCUAAAGAUCUAAUUAUCUCAAAAUCAAGAAUCUUAGCAUUAGCAAAGUUCUUUGUUGAUAAUGAAAAUAAGCAUGUUUUCAGUUAUAAAGAUAUUCCAUUGACCGAUUCUCCAGAAGAAUUUGAAAAAUUAAUCAUCAAUUCAAUUAAAGCAGGUAUAAUCGAAGGAAAGUUAAACCAAGUAGAGCAAUCAUUUUACUUAACUAGAGUUAGUAGACUCAUAAUCGCUGGUGAAGAUAACAGUAAGGACUGGGAUGCUUUAAGGCAAGUCUUGGUAAAUUGGAAAAACUCGAUCACAAAUAUUGAUAGUAUUGUUAACACAUCAAGAGAAAAUAUUGUUAAUAACAAUAACAACUAA